AUGCCUCGCGGUGUACCCAAGCAGGAGAGCAUGCACGAUGCCGACUACAUGCCAGACGCCCUGCUGCCCUCGAUAGCACCACAUGUGGGCAAUGGAGCCAGUGGGGCCUCCGCCUUGUCGCCAGAUACAGACCACAUCAACAUCAGGAACCACUUCCCCGUCGCUAGGAUAAAGCGUAUUAUGCAGGCCGACGACGACGUGGGCAAGGUCGCACAGGUUACGCCCGUUGUUGUCUCAAAAGCACUCGAGCUCUUCAUGAUCUCCCUCGUCACCAAAGCCGCUGCCGAAGCAAAGUCGCGCAACUCGAAACGCGUCGGCGCCGUCCAUCUCAAGCAAGCCAUCACCAAGAACGAGCAGUUCGACUUCCUCAACGACAUCGUCUCCAAGGUGGCUGACGCGCCCGAGAAGAGCGAGCACGAUGCCAUGGACGUGGACGGGAAGAAGAAGAAGGCUCCGAGCCGGAGAAAGAAGAAGACGGACGACGAUGACGAUUUUUGA